AUGGAAGUUUUAGCCGCGCUCAAGUCUACUGAUGCCUGGCUUGUAAACAACGGAUUGAAUAUUACCUUUAAUGUCCUAAUCGGCAAGGAGUUGUCGAAGGUAUCUACAAAUUACUUCGGUGAUGACACUGAGUUCACACCUCCAAAAACGAUUGGUGUCUGCCCCUGGGGUUCAAUUCGCGGUCGAAAUAGCCUAAUGAACAGUAAUAACAGGACAAAUUACGUGGAAUACAACCUUACUAGUGACAAUAUGGAUAACACAACACACUUCCUUCUUCCCUUCAAUUCCCAUCUGAUCUUUGUUGACGACGGAUACCGACGCGAUGAAGUGACUGUAGCCAAAACUGGCUUCCGAGCAAAGUUUGAAAAAAUGAUCUCAGCCCCCGCGCAAAAAAAUGUUCUCAAUGUGCCUCUGGUUGACCUAGUCAUUGGUGGUGACCUUAUGACUCUCCAUGAAGCUGCUAAUGCCGUUGAGAACGACAUCUGUGUUCUCGUGUUGCAAGGCAGCGGCUUCGCAGCUGACAUAAUUGCGCACGCCUAUGAACUCAAAAAACAACUAAGGAAUCCGAAACUCGACAAAUUCCCCGAUCAACAGAGGCAAAGUAUCGAGCGAGCCGCCUUGACUAUCGUGAAGACGGACGGCGCAAAGGGUGUCGUCCCGCUUGUGGAGAAAAUACUCUCGAAGCCUGCUUUGCUUGGCAUUUACAAGUUAGAAGAGGAUAAAUCGCUGAGCUCUGAGUUAAUGAAGUUGAUCAUGUUUCACGCUACGGAUAACCUCGGCAAGCUUUACCUCUCGCUAUCCUGGCGCAAGAUUGAUCUGGCCGAGGAACUGGUCCUAUGGAACCAUACUGACAUCAAAGCCAAAAGUCUCUACGGCCUCCUAAUGACGGCCUUACUGAACAAUCAGUUGGACUUUGUGAAGCUACUGUUGAAGCUGGGCGUCGACCUGCAGGAUUUUCUCACUGUCGACCGGCUGCACUGUCUCUACAAUUUCGCUCGCAAUCGUGGCGCAUUCGUUUCCAACCUGCGCAACGCCGACCUGCACAGACGCUUCGCCAAGGAGGCGCUACCACCAGAGGAAGAAUGGGUCAUUCAAGAGGCCCAGAAGUAUUCCCUGCACUGCGAAAGCGGUGAUGCUCUGCGCGCCGCAUUCGCUGCCUUCCUGGGCCACUUUGUGGACAAAAAGGUGCAGAGCUAUGUGGACACUCUGUGCAAGGAAGAAGAAGCCAGGCUGUCUAGGUUAACCGACAGAACGGUCUACCUGUCCACGGUCGCCAAGUUUCUGGGACACGACUUCAACCUAUGCCUGUACAAUCAUGACACACCGGUAAGUGGGGGAGAUUCAAUACUUUCUCAAUGUCGGCUAUUGUUGGUGGUGGAUCCUCAAAUCAACUUGGGUUUCUUUUCGGUUAUAGAAAAACUUCUCUCGUACGGAAAUGAGUGA